AUGGUCCCUCCACCAAGAGCGGGAUCAUUUUCGCCAAAUCCUGCCCAAGCCCUCCAGACAGGUUCUAUCCACUCUCCGCAUCCAUCGCACACUGGUGUUCUCAGUGCUGGCGCCAGCCCCAGCACCAGCAGUCCGACGGGGGCCAGCUCCCUUACCAAGAUUGUUGUCGCGCAAGUAUACCUCCUCCUCAGCACGAUCAAGGAGGACAAGGACAGAGCCAAGUGGGAAUUGCAGAUUGAACAGCUCAGAAAACUUAUCGAUGACCACGGCAUGGAAGUCUUCACCAAAUACUUCACCCGACUAGUUGUCGGCAAUGCGCCACAAAUAUUUCCUGGCCUAAACAGGCCAGUUGCCAACCCUGGCAACUACCACAUCCUCGUCAGCGAAAUGCGGAAGAUUGCCAUCGACCCUGAACAAGCGCUCAAAAUUGCAGAAUCUGUUGAAAGCGGGACUGAGGAUAUUUUCCGAGACUUUGACCUAUCUACCUUCAUGGAACACUUCAAGCUGGAUCCUCUCAUGAAAACUCUGCUUGCGCUCGCCUUCAAAAUGGGGUCAAGGGUUGAUCUGAAGACAAAGGCCGAUGCAAUUCUAUCUACCAACUUCAGUACAUUUGCACACAUGCUGGAGUUGGCUGAUGUGCACACAGAUCUCACUCCUGACUUCAUGGCGCUAGUCAUCGAUCGAUUCGUCCAGUUUCACCCCCCAAGCUUCACUGGCUCCUCUCGACGCCAGCUCCACGAAGCUAUUGUGAAGCGAUACGCAAAACUGGAUCAAGCCCCUCCUUCGCAGGUUUUGGCUGCUUUAGAUCUUGCGCGCGUUCUCACUGACAAGCCUGCCAAUGCAUUGGCUAGGUACAUACAAAAAGCUGGACCUGAGGUGACCCGCGAUGAAGAGUCGUGCUUGUCGCAUCUGCAAGCACGGCACGGCAACUUCCAGCUAACUCCUGAGCAAGUUUCCUCUGCACUUACAUUUGUGACUAUCACACAAGCACCUGAGCAUGACCCUUCGAUUUUAGUCUCUGCUCUCCGCCGAAUCGUGCCGAAGACAUUUGACUGGAAUGACGUCGUUGUAUCCUUCGACCAGCCUACUGCAAGGAUCGCAUCGGCUCAGUUCCUGCGCUUGUACAGGGCUCUCUUGCCAGUAGCCGAGGAUCCCAAGUCUAGUCUGGACAUUCAGCGACUCUGGGGUGGCACAUGGUCUGAACCAGAGGCACAACUGUCUUUCGUAAGCGCUUACGCUUCCUUAACGCCAGAGCAACUCGAUGCAACCACCAUUCCGGGUCUACAGCGAAGCAUUACCCUUGAGGACUACGCAAACUCGGCACAGAAAGUACGUGAGCGGGCUGCAAUCGCUGUCAGACACCCCCUCGUUUCUGUCGCAGCUCUGUCGGCCAUCUUCAACGCUGCACUGUCUUCAAUCCACGCCUCCCAAACGAUCGAAGCCAAACGACUGUUCCAGGAGGUCGUAGUUCCGAACCUCGAUAUCUUCCUUGUUUCUGCAUUUGAUGUUCCCAGACAGUCUUGGGCGAACAUGGCGGUCGAGACCUUAGGCUCAUUGUUCGAGAACUUUCUGUACAAACGCUCUCCCGAGUAUGAUUUCGUGCUCGACAGCCUUUGGCGGAAAGACAAGGAAUGGGUAGGCCAGCGCCUGAUUGACGCACACGCUGUCAAGUCCAGCGAUCUGCCACUUAUUUUCGAGCAUGCCGUUAAACACAGCUGGCUGGAUGAGCUCGUUUAUCUACCAAAUGGAUUCGGUCUUGAUCUAGCAGCGCUGGCUCACGCCGAAGGAUACCUUGAUCUCUCCAAAUGGGCCAGAUACAACGCUGACCGAAGCACGGAGAUUUCUAAAACCUUGCUUCAGUUCCUCAUGAUCAAGGCUAGCAAAGAAAUGGAAUAUCAACGACCGGAGAAUGCGCACCUGCCCAAGUCUACAACACCACUUCAAGUCCGCACCGUAUCUACUUUGCUACAGAUUCUUGAGGACUUGAUGCCCAGGGCUCCGCUUCACGACCUUAUCAUUGUCCAGCGUCAGUGCAUCACAGCCUACCCACGACUCAUCAACUACGGCGAAGGCUAUGACGACAUCAUCGAUGCCAACUCAGCACAUGGUAACAGUCUCCCGCUGGCAGCCAACAACAAGAUGGAGGAGCACUACAAGCGAAUGUACAGCGACGAAAUCCCCGUUCGUACCAUUGCAAGUAUUCUCGGUCAAUACAAGCAUUCCAGAGAUAUGCUCGACCAGGACGUCUUCGCUUGCAUGAUUCACGGCUUAUUCGACGAAUACACCCACUACGUCGACUAUCCUCUCGAAGCUUUGGCAACCACGGCUGUUCUUUUUGGUGGCAUAAUUUCCCACAAGUUGAUUUCUGACCUUCCGCUCAAGAUCGGUCUUGGGAUGAUUCUUGAGGCCGUCCGUGAUCACCCCCCGGAUGAGCAGAUGUACAAAUUCGGCUUGCAAGCUCUGCUACAAUUAUUUUCUCGAUUCCGGGAAUGGCCUGGAUUCUGUAAGCAGUUAAUUCAGGUUCCUGGCUUACAAAACACGGAGGCCUACAAAAAGGCUGAAGAGAUUGUUCGCGAGCAUGAAGAUGAUUCGUCUAGAGGACGAGGCAGCGCCGGCACUCCCCAUUCGAUGGGCUUCGCUGGCGAUGCCCUAGCGAACGGUAAUGGCGACGAUCUUGCCGUAGCCGAUCGGCCAACCGCACCAUUCACAGCUCUUGGUACUGACCCUGUUCCCCCAGGGGCCGGAUAUGAGGACCCCGACGAGGAUGAGCAAGGCAAGAUCCAGUUCGUUCUCAACAACAUUACAGAGCAGACUCUCGAUUCCUCCUGCUUGGAUCUUCAGGAGGUAUUGAAUGAGAAGCAUCAGCAGUGGUUUGCCAGUCAUCUGGUGGCAGAGCGGGCAAAGCUGCAGCCAAACUACCACCAUGUAUACCUUGACUUGGUAAAAUUCUUUGAAGAUCCGUCUCUAUGGAGCGAGGUGCUUAGAGAGACCUAUAUCAGCGUCGCUCGCAUGCUCAACUCUGAAGCCACCAUGCAGAACUCGACGGAGCGGACACACUUGAAGAACCUUGGUGGCUGGCUUGGUCUCCUGACACUUGCUCGCGACAGGCCUAUCAAGCAUAAAAAUAUUGCCUUCAAGCAACUGCUCAUCGAGGCUCACGAUACGAAGAGGCUCAUUGUGGUGAUCCCUUUCGUUUGCAAAGUGCUUCUGCAAGGCGCCACAUCAGUCGUCUUUCGACCCCCGAACCCGUGGCUGAUGGACAUCAUAUAUUUAUUAAUCGAACUAUAUCAUCACGCCGAGCUCAAACUAAAUCUCAAGUUCGAGAUUGAAGUCCUCUGCAAGGGUCUCAGCCUCGAUCACAAGAGUAUCGAGCCCUCCGGCGAAAUUCUUAAUAGGCCAGCAGUGGAGGAGCCUGCGGCAGUGCUGGCCAUUGAGUCGCUUGAGCCAUACGAAGGAAUACCGUUGAAUGGUCUUGGCUCAGGGGUCGUUGCUGGUCUCUCCCCUCAAGCUGUGGCGCCGACCAUUCCUGACCUGAGUUCUCAGAUCACUAUUCCGCCCACAAACGAGAUGGUGGUAAGCACUGCUAGGCUGAGCGAAAUUGUGCGGAGCGCUGUCAGCCGCGCCUUGGAGGAUAUUAUCCAACCCGUCGUUGACCGGUCAGUCACGAUCGCCGCAAUUUCGACACAGCAGAUGAUCAGAAAAGAUUUUGUUUCAGAGCCAGAUGAGAAUAGGAUCCGCACGUCAGCCAUUAAUAUGGUCAAGGCCACGGCUGGGAGCCUGGCUCUUGUGACGUCCAAGGAACCUCUGAGAGCGAAUUUGACAAACUACAUGCGCAAUCUUUCAAACGAUCUUCCGUCUGGUCUUCCGGAGGGGACGAUUAUCAUGUGUGUUAACUCGAACCUCGAUCUCGCCUGCAACAUCAUCGAGCAACAAGCUGAAGAACGCGCUGUGCCUGAGAUUGAGGAGCUUCUCGAAUCUGAUUUCGACGCGAGGCGCCGAUUCAAGGCCCAGCAUCCUAACGAGUCUUCGUACCCGGCAAAUAUCAACCGAUGGGCGAUGACCAUUCCCAACCCUUUCAAGCUGUCUCCGAACAUGCCUGGUCUGAACCCUGAGCAAAUGGCCAUAUAUGAAGACUUUGCCCGCCAGCCGCGCAACACCACGACCACGGUCGCUUCUGGCGCUAACCACGAGCCGUCCGCGUCUGAUGCAACAAGAUCACUUGCCAACGAGGUGCUGCAAGAGCCUUUCUCCACCCUGCCAAACAUACCCACUCCUGCCGAAACACCUUCACUUCAGCAGCUCGGAUCACAGAUGCAGCCCUAUGGUCCUCUCCAAAGCACUGCGGGAGGCAUGUCGAACGGAAGGUCCAGCAGCUAUCCCAUGGAAGCGCAUGGUCUGGCAGAGCGCCUUACCAAAUUGCUGCAGGAAUUACUCCGUGCCGCUGGCGAGGCCCGCGUAGAACACUUUGCCGACUUGCCUCGCCCUCACCAAGUUCUUGACGUUGUCGACGCGCUGGUUCAGUUGAUCAUCAAAACAUCCCAGAGCUCGGAGGAAUUUCCCAUUUACGCUGCCGAGCAGAUCACUGCUGUUAUUUUCCAGCAGGUUGAAGAUAACCUAACUCUGGAGAGCCUUGUUCACGUCAUGGAAACAUUGCGCAAGAUUUCCGGUCCCGGCUUGAACAGCCGCGUGCGUGCCCUAUUCAGCCAGCAGCCAGGGAGCAGCUUCCUCAGCUUGCCUCUACUUGCUGCUCUCACGCGGACUGAUCUCCUCGAUUGGAGAAGCAUCGACCUUGCCAUGUCGAAGGCUAUGGAUGCCAGAAAGGAAGGCUCCCUCGACUUCGUGGAGCAGAUGUUUGAUCUCGUUCUGCUGAAUAGCCGCCCUAUUGCUCUCUAUGCUGACUUCGUUCGCACCUUGGAGGCGGCAUGGAGCUGGAUAAACGCGGAUGGUGACUCUGCUGUCGGACAAAGGCUCAAGGGCAAGCUUGUUGGCUCUGGUAUGUACCAGCCAUCUCAAGGCAACGGAAACGAGUCCUCCUCGAGACAGGAUCAAAUGGAAUAUGUUUUCGACGAAUGGGUGCACUUGUGUAACAACCAGAAUGCAUCGAGCUCCGCAGUCGAUGCAUUUGUCAAGCAGCUACGCGCUACACAAGUUAUUCGCAACAAGAACGACUUCUUUCUUUUUGUCCGCACAGGCAUCGAUCUGUCUGUUGAACGCUUCGAGCACCUGAUCCACGCUGGAGGCGACGGCUACAUCAUGAUUGAUGCUCUUGCAAAGCUCAUUGGCGUGUUUGUCAGCAUGCACCAAGAUGGUGUUACUACCCGUGCAUCAUUUGUCGACUCGGUGUUUGUUAUCAUCACUUUGGUGGUUUAUCAUCAUCACACGAAUCGUGGUGAGCACUUCAAUCAGAGGCUCUUUUUCCGCCUGCUCUCGAUGUUGCUGCACGAGCUGCACAGUGUUUGCGAUCAGCUACCAGAGGAUGAAUCGAGGCAAAUCAUGUUGACUGUCGCCAGCAGAAUGGAGCCGCUCGGCCCGUUCCAUCUGCCUGGUUUCGUCUUUGGCUGGCUCUCGCUCCUGCAGCACCGGUCCUUCAUGCCAAACUUGCUGUCUGUGCCUGAUCACGCGGGGUGGAAGCAGUUCUCCAAGCUUCUGUGUCAGCUUUUGAGCUGCUUGGGCGAGCAGCUUAACGCUUUUAGCGUGUCACCUGUCGCCAAAGAGCUGUAUCGGGCCACGCUCAAGCUUCUCGUCAUUCUUCAGCAUGACUUUGCUGACUUUGUUGCCGCGCAUCACGUUGAUAUUUACAAGGCCCUCCCAGCCCACUGCUCUCAGCUUCUCAACGCUGUCCUCGCUGCACAGCCACAGCACGGCUACACAAAGGUGGUCACCAAGGGCAAGAAUACUGCUGAACACGCAGAGACCAAGGUCUACCCAGGUCUCGUGGAUGACUCGAAAGCUAUUCUGCAGCAGGCGGGGCUUCUGGAGGGUGUUGAACAAGUAGUCCAAGGCGCCACUUCCGAGGGCAUUAUGGCCCAAAUUGUCCACAGCAUGAGCACUGGUUCCAAUCACGAAGCCACGUUUGGCCAGGUCCCAGUCUCUGCCAACAUUGAUGUCAUUAAUGCCAUUGUUAUUUAUCUUGGCAACCAGGCAGCAGAGCGCAUGUCCGGCACGGAACCGAUUACCAUCAACGGCAAGGAGCCGGAGGCUGCGGCCUUGUCUGUGCUUGUGCACGAGGUGUCGCCGGAGGCUAGAUACUAUCUUGUAUCGAGCAUGAUCAACCAGCUACGAUACCCAAACUUGCACACCGAGUUCUUUAGCCAGCUGCUGCUGCACAUUUUUGGCAAUGACCUACAUGACCCGGAAGACACGGACAUUCGCCAGGAGAUCACAAGAGUCUUGCUCGAGAGGCUCAUUGGAUUCUGGCCACAGCCAUGGGGACUGAUGUACAUGGUCGUCGAGCUUGUCAAGAACGAAAAGUACAUGUUCUUCGAUCUGCCAUUCAUCAAGUCUACUCCGGAGGUGGCAGAACGAUUUCAUACUAUUCUUCAGCGAGUUUAG